AGUCGCAACGGCAGUCGCUCGUCAACAUUCGAACGUGUACGACACGCGUUCCCGUUCCGGCGCACGAACCUCGUCCCGCGUCACGUUUACGAUCGCGUUUUUGAUUGUUCUUAUUUUUAAUAAUUAUGCGGUUUGUCGCACGCCGGAUUUUUUAUUUUCCUAGACCGUGGUUUUUUUCCGUGUAUAUUAAAAUUUAAUUAUUUUCAGUUUUUGUGUUUUUUUUUUUUUUUUUUUUUUUUUAAAUUUACCCAUCACAGUGGUUUUUUUUUCCCCCGCACGAAACGAGCCUAUUGACUAACCGGCUCAGUGUCGUUCGACGUCGUGUCGGGCGUAACGCAAACACCGGCAUAAUAGUAUUAUCACAUAUUUAUCUAUUUGCUCAAUGGGACUCUCCAAGAAAAUGGAAUGGCUCAAAUGGAUACGGAAAUAUUCCACAGGUAAACGCGUGUUAUUAUUGUACCGUACGGUACCUACCUACAGUAAUAAUUGCACUGUAGUAACGGUUUACGAAAAUCGCGUGGGAUUUCCGUUCGCGGACGGCGGCGAACCCUCGAAAACUAUCAUAAUUUUCAUUAUUAUUAUUACAACGUACUGUUGUACCCGCGCUCGUUAAGUACGCGUUUUUACGACUGUCGUUUUUAACGGUCGUACCCGCCGGCCGUGUCUGCCGUCCAGCUGCGUUUAUUAUCUCUCGCCGGAGACUACUACGGGCGGGACACACGCUGAACAUUUUUGUUUUCUAUAAUGUACACCUAACGGGACGCGCGCGAUCGUCCCACGGGGUCUCCGGCGAAACGCUCGUCCGACGGCGGCCGCGUUUCGACGAUAAUAACAACAACAAUAUUAAUACUUAUCAUCAUUAUUAUUACCCGGGUAUCCUAGAGAUGUUUUUCUGUACUCAUCACCGUAUACGUAUUAUUUGUGAGUGUAUGUGUGUGUGUGUGUAGUUACUAGGCUUAUUAUAUUUGGCGCGCACGAUUGUUGUGACACGCAAUCGCCGCGAACGAUCGGCGGCAAAUUGCCGUCGUGGGUCGAUGAACCAGCGUGUCGGAGCGCGGAAGAUUCGAUGCGUGCAGCGGCGACCGUGGCGUGGCGGCAAAACGACGAAGAGACAAAAGCCCGUAAAUCGCACCGGUAUAAUUACACGCGUUACGUGGUGUUUUUUUUCCCCAUUCUGCUCUCUUUUUCCAAAUACCGCCGCCCGCCCGUCGUAUGAUUCACGAUCGCGCGCGGCGACUGCGGCGCGUAAACGCGUCGCGUCGGGAAUUUUUAUCCGCGGCGCGGUCCGUUUCGAUCUUCGAUCCGGACCGUAAAUAGUAACGGGGAUCGGAUAGCGGAUAGACGAGCGGCGCAAUAUACCUUUGAACCGGAGGGUGGUGUAUCAUUAACGGAAAUCAGUGCAGGCAACAAAUUUUUGGUAAUCUCGGUAAUCGUUGCGUGAAUCACGGUACUCCGGAAUCCGGCGCACACAUUACUGUUCAUAAGUGAUUUACCCUCCGCCGGUUCGGACGGUCGACCGACCGCUCGAAGACGGGAGAUCGCGUCGGGGCGAUAGUUCGGCCGGCUAGUUAACGAUACGUCUACGGUCCAGACGUACGAAAUCGUAAAUCGGUUCCGUCCCGCGAUUCCGUUGUUACGCGGCGGCAUUAUAAUAAACGGCAGCGGGCAAGUGGCGGCGGGAUGGGGGUGAGGGGGGUGUGGUGAUUGGUGGCGUGUACAUGGGCGCGCGCGAGCGUCGUUCUUUUGUAACGUACGGACCGUGCGGCGGUUGUAUGCGACGACGACGACGACGAGAGGGGGUGAUUCACGACGGCCGGGCUCGAGAGAGAGAUAUUCGGAGGGACGGGACGUGGACGGUGACACGGCGGGUGAGCGGGCGGGAGAGACGGACGGAUAUCGAUGCACGGCCUAUGGCGAGAGGGUGAAAAGAACGGGGGUGGAGGUAGAUGAGGCGGCACAUACACAAAACACGGACCUGCGGUUUUUUUUUUUUUCUCCUCGCGCGUAAAAGAAUUCCAAGGGUCCCGCGCGUUUCCUUGGAAAUUGGAUUUUUUUUUUUUUUUUAUACACAUAUAUAUACAUAUAUAUAUUAUAUUUUAUUAUUAUAUUCUACCCGCCCAACAAAACAACAACGGCGGCGGCGGCGACAACGACAAUAUAUAUUAUUAUGUUUUUCGUCGUACGUUCUCCGCGGGGCCGGCAAGAGAAGUAUCCAGCUGGCCCGGGCCAUUGUGUAACUCGCGCGCACCGCGGGUCUCCCGUGCGUAUCGGCGUCGGCGGCGGCGGGCCCCUGCGAGCGGAUCGCGCGCGCACAAUACAAUAAUAUACGGAGAAAAGUAAAACACGGAAUGUUUGUGGGUGGUGCGCGUCGCGGGUUCCCUUGUAUUUCAUAUACGUGUACGUACUGCGGCGGCAACGCGCCCGACCCACGCCUUUUUGUUUACACGUUUUUACAUUACACGGCGAGUAUUAUGAUAACAAUAAUAAUAAUAAUAUGUAUUGCCGUAUACGUCGCGCGUAAACGCCCUUUGUACUCGCGUGUCUCUCCCACCCUCCCUUCGCGCCGGAAGUCCGUAGCGCGCUUACGUAUUGCCCCCCCCUCCGCCCCUACGGUGUUUUAACGAAAAUUCCCCGGCGGAGCACGCGGAAAAAUUGCAUAAAACCCGUUGCACCCGUCCGUCGCACUUGUUUGUACCGUGUAGCGCAACGCGCGUGCAGCGUAAUACGUGCUGCGCGCGGACAGGACGUAUUAUUACAAUAAUAAUAUAGACGGGUAACGCGAUGCGGAAUACGCCGGUCGAACUUCGCGGAACUCCUCCGCGUACUCUCCGUGCGUAAGGCCGGCGCGGUACGGUUUUUAUCUGCCGACAUUCCGAGAACCGACCCAAUAAACAACAUUGCAACGGUCAUCAUCGUCGUCGUCGUCGUCGUCUCUGUGGUACGACGCCGCGCCGAGCCAGUUAUUCCAUGCUCGAGUAACCGAUACGAUGUUCCGACGACAAUAAAAUAUAACGACGGCGGCGGCGACGCCCGUGCCGGGGAGGAGCGGCGGCGAUCGUCGUCGCGAGUUCCCGAAAUCGGCGGGCCGGACCCUUUUCGUUGUUUUUGCCGUCGCGCCGCAUUCCUCCGCGCGUCGAACGACCUUUACAAUCGCGCGUACCCGUACACGCACACGCACGCACAUAAUAUCGUAACAAUAUUCCCGGUAUUGCGUGCGCGCGGUGUGUUUGCGGAUAUCGAUAAUAAUAAUUAUACGCGUGUUUUGUUACGAGUUCAAGGACGUGGUAGGAAUGAAAAAAAAAAAAAAAAAAUGUGUUCCGACGCCAUUAUAAUAUAUUAUUAUUAUUAUUGUGUUAUGUACGAGCGCGCGGGCCCGCGCCGUUGUUUCCAUCUCCGCGCGCCGGUGUUUAUGUUCUUCGGGCGGCCCGCGUAAACGCUGCACGUGUCCCGGACAACGACGGCGGCUCGCGGUGAUCGGUCAGCGCUAAAAUUAUAAUCGCUACCGUGUUUACGCGCGCGGUCGCCCUCCCCGGCGCGCACCGUCCGCCGCCCCUCCCUCCGUACAUAACCUAAAACGUUCUGACCGUGGUCGCGGCACACACCGGUGUCGUGGACCGGUGAGCGGGAGGGGAGGGUGGAGGAGGCAGAACGGGGAAUUAUCAUUCUCGGUAUAAACACGAUCCGCGCCGGGGCUUCUCGCCGCAGUCGUUAUCGGCCCCGCCGCGAAAGCGCGACAUCAAAGUAAUCGCCGUACGAAAACGGGCGGGCGAGCGCGCGCGCCCGCGUAUUGUACGGAGUCACGAGUUUUUUUUUUUUUUUAUAAUAGGUUUUAUCGUUUUAAUAUUUUUUUAUUUUUUUUUUCCCUUCUACAUAAUCCGUCGUCGUCGGCACAAACGAAAUGUUUUAUUAUUUAUUAUUAUAAUACUCUCCGAUCCGCGCUAUAUACGCGGCGCGGGCAACCCGCUCCGGGUGGAUCGACGGCGGCGGCGGCGGCGGUGUUAAGUCCGCGGCGAGCCGGGUUUUUAUCCAGAAAAACGUAUACAGAAGAAGAAAUGUAUAUAAUAUAAAAUAAUGACGCGUCAUGUGUUAUGCGUGCGCUCCAAUAUAAUAAUAAUAAUAAUAAUAAUAAUAUACGCGAGUAGGGGGAAAAAAAUAAAUUGUAUAUGUAUAAGGAAAGGAGGAAAAAAAAAAGAAAGAAUAUUACCGACCGGCCGGCCGGCGACUAAUGUUAUGUCGGCGGCUCCGCCUUGUCGGUACUCUUUGUAGCCAAGAGUCAAGGCCAAGAUUAUAUAUCUCAACCAAGGAUCUCCUCUCUGUGAAACGCUGUUGCCGCGCAUAUGUUGUUUCGUCUCGCUCGCUCUCCCGCGGCUCCUCUCGUCCCGACCGUUCUCUUUUAUCGUCGUGUAUAAUAUUAUACGUAUAUAGGUAUACGCGGCUGCACACGCACCACUGCCGUCACCACCGCCGCCGCAGCCGCCGCCGCCGCGUUCGGUCCGUUGCCCGCAGAUGAUCGCCGUCGUCGUCGUCGUUCCCGCCAGCCCUCCCGGACACCCGCCACGACAAUACGUAACAUAUUGUGUUUUGUUUUAUGCGCCCACGAACUACGGAAAUUAUUUAUCUACCGAGUCCCUGGAAAUCCCGUUGCGAAAACGGGGACGGAUGAUAACGAAUAUUACCGAAUCGUGUUGUUCUCCGCGGCGCGGCCGAAUCGCUCCGCGCGAAUGAAGGACGAGGACGCGGCGUUUUCGUACGCGCGGGAUCGACCCGUGUGCCCAAAACGUCGCGCUUUCCACACUCGCGGGAUAACGGCACCGGCCACUUUUAACAACAAACGACACCGACGAAAUACGUACGAGUAGGAAAAUAUCGCGCCGCACUCGUCGUCCGUCGUAAAUUAGCCGAGUCGGCGUAGAGUAGUGGAAAAAAAAAAAUUACACGUAUAAUAAUAUUCUAGUUUAUGUGCGUCUAUUGUUCUGUUAUGUUUUUAUUCGGUGGAAAAUGAUGCGCGCGCGCGCGCCGGUGCGUGUGUGUGUGUGUGUGCGUGCGUGAUGCGAGUUGAAUCGGCGGUGGUGGCUGAGGGGGAGAAGACGGACGGUGGACGGACGGUCGGACGGAUGGAUGGAUGUGCUCGGCGGUACGUAUCAAACGUUCGCCGCUCUCACCUCCUCCGGUCUACGUCGCCGACAACCGAAACCGGUUUCGUUUCCUCGACCGCGCGCGCGCGCGUGUGUAUGUGUGUGUUGUUGUCGGGCGGCCGUUCGUUUGUGCGUUUUCUGUAUUAACGCCGCCGCCUAGGCACUCUCUCUCUCUCUCUCUCUCUCUCUCUCUCUUGCCCGUUUCCCUUCUCCCCGACGGCCUAUAUAGGGCGGCGGCGUACGCGUACCACCGCCGCCGGCACUCCUAUUAUUUUGACCGUGUGCGCGCUGCGCUUACGGCUCACAAAUCCUCGUACACCCGACGACGACGACGACGACGACAACGUCGGGUGUCAAACCCGAAGUGAUUUUUCGAGACGAAUAUUAUUGUACACUUAACAGUAAUAAUAAUACGAGUAUCGCGGGUGUAACGCACCGUAAAUAAUACGCUCGCGUCCGAUUGAUAAGAAUAGGAGAGGAGAGGAAAAAAUGACUGCGUUUCGGGCGCAGUCUUCGGGGACCUCAUUGAGAAAAAAAAAUAAUAAUAAAAAAGCGAUACACAUACGUCGUACAAUAAUAAUAUACGCUCAUUAAAGUCGUAUUGUUCGUGCACGACGUCCGCCGCCGACGCCAACGCCCCCUCCCCUGCCCUGCCCUGCCCUCCCCUCAUCUCCCCGAUACCCAACACCGUAGAAUAUUAUUUUAUUACUGCACACACCGCGCCGCAGCACGCGCAUAGGUCUCGGAUGAUAAUAAUAAUAGUAGACCGAAACUGGUUCUAACCCUAUUAUUUUCUCCUCCUCACCACCCCUCUCCCCCCCCCAUCCGGGCCGGGGCCCCGGCCCCUCCCGUCUCGCGGAGAGUAUAAUAAUAUUACAUACCUAUACCGUCACAAUACCGCGGAAUUAUUAUAAUAUUAUUAUUAUUAUUAUUAUAUAGGGAAACGAACUGUAAAACAAAAGCGUAUAUUUUAUUAUUAUUAUUAUUAUUAUUAUUACGACAUGGCGUAGGUAUACCUAACCUAUAAUUCGUGGCACCGCGCGCCGCAGAGUGUUUUGACCGCAUCCCCGACGGGGCCCGGGUCGUGUGCACCUACCUCUAAUAUACGCGACCGCAUUGGAUAGCGGUUGUUUAUCAUAUUAUACUAUAAUAUAUUUUUAAAUUAAAAUCGAGAGGAGAAAAAACAAAACCGCUCGCGCAAGUAAAUUCGUAGAUUAUGUUAAUGCGCGGUCUCUAAGUGGAUUUUAAUUGACAUUAUUUUUUUUUUUUUAAUUUUCCCCCUCGUCUCUUUCGCGCAGGCAUUCUGGACACGAAAACCAGCAGUAGCAUGGAAACGUUAAUUGAUUCGGCCAGCCAGAAAACCAUCAAUUACGGGUAUACCUCUUCGGUAAUUGCGGCCGACGAUGAAUUCAUUAACGCCACGGCCGCCGCACCCCCACACCGCCGGCAGCAUCAGAAGCAACAGGAGCAGCAGCAGAAGCAACAGCGACCGAUGUUGCCUCCGCCGGCGUCGGCGACUUCACAAGAUCCAUCGCCCGCUAACGACGUGAGCUUUUAUCCUAAAUACCUACCCGUUAAUAUUGCGUAUAAUAUUCUUCUGGAAAUCCGUUAUUGUAAUAUUACAAUUAUGUGUUGUUGCGUGUGUAUAGCGUAGUAACCGCGGUGACCGUGUUUUUCCCUUUUAAGUCGGAAACGGUCGUCGUAACGAGGAAAUACAAAAAAAUGAACCGGGCACGGUCGCCGUUAUAAAUUGGAAGUCGUGAAGAUAUUCUCUAGGAUACAUAGUUUUUUUUUUUUUUUUCUUUAUCCGUAUACGCAACGAUAAAUCAUUGUUGGCGGUUCUACGCGGAAGAUUCUGUUGUACAAAUUCGGUUUCGAAAUGUCGUAAUUUUUACGAUUUUCGUAAAAAAUUUGAACUCGAAAUGCUUAUUAAAAAAAUAACUACUACGUUAUGCUCAACUUUUUUAUACCGGCCACUAAGUGCAACUUAUAAUGAACCUCCCAUUGAUUUUGCUAGAAUUUCUGUCCGGCCAAAAUCAUUUUAUCCAUUUAAAAUCAAAUUAAACCUUUAAAAACUGAUACAUGUCAAACGCCUAUAAAUAAUUCAAAAACAGUCAUAAUGUUUUGAAAAAUUCAUCACGUCAAACUCAAAUUCUAGAAAUCACGACAUUUCGCGUGCUAUUUUCCGAUUUAUGUAGAUAAAAUUGUCUUGGUCCAGUAAAUAUGCUCAAAAAUUGAACAUUGGGUUAUGUUGAACUGGCGAUAAAAUAAAAUAAAGUUAACCGCAAUGUAUUAGUUUUUUUUUUUUUUUUUUCAAUAAGCUAUUCAAGUUUGAAUCAUGGUAAAAACCGUGGGAUUCUGCACGCGCUUUGCUCAGAAUCGGUUUUUCGUUGGCAAUAAUAAUAAUUCAUCGUCGCGUGUAGUAGAAACGACAAUUACAUAAUUCAUUUCUAUCUCACCGACAACGGUGCAGGCGCACCACCCGUCGGCAGUACGAGAUGCUUUUUUUUUUCGCACACGAUCUCCGAUUGGCGGCGACCCAGCGCUGUCUUGGUCAUCCUCCCGCGAGUGCGAUACCGUGCCGUAAGAUAUUAUGUAAAACCAAUUUGAUAAAACAUCGUUAUUGUUCGCCGUAUAACGGCCGGGUAUAUAGGAACGACGACGGGGGGGGGGGGCUCGUCUUCGUUGCCGCCGCCCCGUGGUUGUGUAACCGCGUGUAACGAUACGUUUACGCUAUUUUAAUACCGUCGAUUCGCGACCCGCGGUUUACUCGGCGUGAAGUAACGAAUUUCCGACGGCGUACCUAUUAAACAAUAUCACAUUAUUGUAAUUUAAUUGCGCCGACCGUAACCUGCGAAAUUUACCAUGUAUUAUGCACACAGGUGUACGAUUGCUGCGUCUCGCUGGACGGGAUACCGGUGCGUCACGAGUUUCAGUACACCCUGUCCGACGCGGACGGAUGCGGCACAGUCACCAAACACGUAAGUCAAUUACAUUAUAUUCGUCAGUCCGUUUUUUUUUUUUUUUUUUUUUUUUUCAAUCGCAUUUAACUGUCGAUGCUCGGUCGGGGCACUCAUAGGUAUUAUUAUUCCAUCGACUAGGUACCGACUAAAAUCCAGAUUUUCGUCAAUAACGCCAGGUUUUUUUUCUCGGGUCCGGGUAUUUCCCCACCCCCCCGCGAUUCUGUUACACGGUUACAGUGUAUAACCGAUUAGGGCCUACUCUGCGUGUAAUACAAUACGUCAUCGUGCUCAAUACGGAAUCCGUUGUGUGCGACCCGAAAUAAGUCUUAACGAUUAUUUACAGCGCUCGAAAAAAAAAAAAAAAAAAAACAAAACAAACCAAUUUUCCCGAUGACACAAAUUUAUUAAUAAAUAUCGGAGCGUUGACAACGUUUUAGCGCGGACGGCGGAUUUCCAACGGUUUUCGUCGUCGGUUUAUCAGUGGUUUUUUGUCCGCAGCUUGGCCCGGGGGAAAAAUGCGUACACGCAAAAUGACAAAAGACAGGCCCCAGACUGUUAAUGUCCGUAUGUAUGGAAUACCGCCGCGCGCGCUACAUUAUCGUACCGCCGGCACGUGUCUGUAUGAAUUUCGUUUUUUCCCGUCGUUGCUGUCCGCGGUGAAAUAAUAAACACAUUAUAACGUCGCGUAUACGACCGCCUCGCCCGCCGAGUCAAACGAACUAAAUGGAACGCAUUUAAAAAUAACAAAUUGCUCUCCCUCUGAUGUUUGGCAACGCCAUCAAAGUGCUGUGCAGUCCCCGCGUAUGAAACCGUCUGUGAAACUUCUCCGCGUACUUUAUUACAUAGGCGCGACAACAACGGGAUCUCUUUGUCGCCGCUGCAGCGCGUAUUAUAUUAUGUUCCGCGUCGCCUUUGAUGUUCCAAUUAAGACGCAUUUCACUGGUUCACAGACACAUUGUCAGUUAAUAGAACCGCCGCGCCGCGUAUAAAAUAUCGUUUCUACGAAAUCCCGCGGUGCACUCGGGCCGGGCGAACCGCCAAGUCCAUUAUUAUUUGUUUCCCCCCCCCCGUUUUCGACGCAACACGAGUGUUAUUAUACAUAAAUUAAUCGUCGCGCUCGCGUUUUUGUGUACUGCAGGACAUCGAGGGAUUGGCGUCGAAAAUCCUAGAGUCCGUGUACGAGACGACGUUGAAGUUCUCGUCCCGGGGACAGCGGACCGUAAAGGUGACGCUGAACGUCAGGCAGACCGCGUCGCCGCAGCCCGUGGCCGGCGCGGCGCCCGUCAAGCAGCUGCAGCGGAUCGUCGGCGGCCGCGGGUCGUUCAAGCAGAACUACUACGGCAGGACGUCCGUCGACAGAACGUUGCCGCAGUACGUGGGCGGCGGCGGCGAACUCCAGCCCGCGGCCCGAUGUCCGAUCUACGGCGUCGUCAAGGGCGGAUCGUCGUCGCACCACAUCAGGACCAAGUACAGGCGCGAACAACUGAUCGAGAUGGUACAAAGGAGUCUGGCGGAAAACUUGAGUUUCCAGAACCAAAGGUAAUUAUUACCGCAGCGGCGUUUCUCCGGGUUUUUGCGGGUCGUCCGCGUGGUUAAAUCCGGCAUUUUUCCGCGGUAAUAC